CCUCAUACUUCUGAAAUUCCUCAAACAUCUGAAAUGCCUCAAACAUCUGAAAUGCCUCAAACACCUGAAAUGCCUCGAACGUCUGAAAUGCCUCGAACGUCUGAAAUGCCUCAAACACCUGAAAUGCCUCAGACAUCUGAAAUGCCUCAAACACCUGAAAUGCCUCAAACGUCUGAAAUGCCUCAUACUCCUGAUAUUCCUGAAAUGCAUCAAACACCUGAAAUUUUUGAAAUGCCUCGAACGUCUCAAAAGCCUCGAACUCCUGAAAUGCCUCGAGCGUCUGAAAUGCCUCAAACGUUUGAAAUGCCUCAGAUGCCUCAAAUGCCUGAAAUCCCUGAAAUUACUAGAAAGCCUGAAAUUCCUCGACCACCAGAAAGGUUUCCAACGCCUGGAAAGGCACAAGAUACGUACUGCUGCACGCAUUAUGUCAAUAGAGUUAGAUUCUCUACAAGGAACAGAGUGACUAGCUACAGCAUACAAAAGCCGAAUGGACGUUGCAACAUCCCUGCUGUUGUCUUCAGAGUGGAUCGUGACCAUAAGUUUUGUGCAAACCCCCAAGAAUAUUGGGUCCGCAUUCUCAUGGAGAGGGUGGAUGAAAUGCUCAGAGGGUCAAUUAAAGAUAAGACCUGCUGUCUGGGGUAUGUCGAAAGAGUUAGACUGUCCAUUAGAAACAGAGUGACCAGUUACAGAAGACAAGGCCUGAACGGAGGCUGCAGAAUCCAAGCUAUUGUAUUCAAAUUGGACAAUGACCAAGAGUUUUGUGCUGACCCCUCUAAAAUAUGGGUCAUUGAACUCAUGAUGCGUGUGACCAGACUGCGAGAUUCAAGGUGGUCUUCCAUGCCCGAAAUGCCUCGGAUGCCUGAAAUGCCUCGGAUGCCCGAAAUGCCCCGGAUGCCCGAAAUGCCCCGGAUGCCUGAAAUGCCUCGGAUGCCCCGGAUGCCCGAAAUGCCCCGGAUGCCCGAAAUGCCUCGGAUGCCUGAAAUGCCCCGGAUGCCCAAAAUGCCUCGGAUGCCCAAAAUGCCUCGGAUGCCUCGGAUGCCCAAAAUGCCUCGGAUGCCUUUUUGAAUGUCUAAAAUGCUUAGAAUGCCUGAAUUGCUUUGUAUGCUCCGAAAUGACUCAAAUGUCUAUAAAGUCUGAAAUGCCUUGGAACACCUGAAAUGCCUCAAACAUCUGAAACGCCUCAAACAUCUGAAAUGCUUUGGACACCUGAAAUGCUUGAAUGCAUUCAUGCCUCAAAUGCCUUCCCAUGCCUUCCAUGUCUCCAAUGUAUCAAAUUCCUUCCUUACCUUCCAUGCCUCAAAUGCCUUCCAUGCCUUGAAUAGACAUAAUG